UAUUAUUAAUGUUUGAAGAUGAAGACAAUGAAGAUAAUGUUAAUGUUGAAGAGUCAAACUAUAGGGACAGAGCUGAAGAAAGAAGAAAGGGGAUCAUGACCCAAGUUAAGAAUGGAGAAUAUGUAGAAUUAGAAGGAUUUGAGAAGGAGAUUAAAUUAAAUGGUUUAGAUUAUACUCUGAUAUAAUAACCUCAAUCAAAUACAUUAAAUCAAGAGAAUAAUAAGUCUAGCAUCAUUGCGAAAAUAAAGAAAGACUUAACAUCUGCCAAAGAGAAAAUCCCUAAAAAGGCAACUCAUCCAAUGGCAAUCAAAAUAGAAGCUUUUCUAUAAAAUAAGAAUUAAAUUGUCCCUUUAAAAAACACCAUGACCUAUAUUUAUAAAUAUGAUAUAGAUCCUAACUAUGGAGUUUCAAUGCCUUAAUUUUUCACAAAAAAAUAUAAUAAAGAUGGAGAAGAUCCAAUCCAAGUUAUUUAUGAUGAAAAAUCUAUAUAAAUGAUUUCAGAAAGCAUUCUCAAUACUAAUAAUCUAUCUAUUAAAAGAUAUCAAGAAAGACAUAAAUUUGACUAAAAUAUUCUUAUUUAAAGUGUUGAUCAAGAUGAUGAAUCUGAUGAUAUCUUUAAUGAUGCAAAACCAGUUAAUAAACCCAACGUUGAUGUCAAUAAGAUCCUGAAGGUAGAAAUUGAAAAUGAAAAUUUCGAUAUUACAGAAUACUUGUCUAAGAAUUAGUUUGAUUAAAAAACAUAUAAUUAAUUAAAGCAAAUAUAAGAAUAAGAGGAAAAGGAAAGAGAAGGUAAUUCAAUAUGUAUAUGUUAGAGAAACUAAAGAGACACAAAAAAAUGUUGGAGGCCGAGGAUGAUUAUUAUUAUGAAUGUUACUAGCCUGUAGGAUUGAGUAUAGCAGAGGAGAAAGAUCAUUAAGCAGAAGUAGAAGCAAAGAAACAAGUAGAUCCAAAUUUUAAGAACUAUGACUUCAUAAAAAAGGACCUAAAGAAAAAGAAGAAACAUAGGGAAAAUUAUUAAAAACAAUUGGAUUAAAUUGAAGAUGUAAAUUUGAUUAAAUAUGUAGAUUAUUUAAAAAAAGAAUAAAUGA